GUGCGCAGGCGCAGUCCCGGCUCCUCGCGGCGUGUUCGUCUUUCCCUCAGUUCCCAGUGUUCUGGCAGGUAAGGAACGGCGGCCCUUCGCCUCUCAGCGCGGAUAGUCGUUUGCUCCGGACGCCCGCUCCUCAGCCCUGCGGCUCCUGGGGUCGCUGCUGCAGCCCGCACGCCUCCACCGGCUACAGACCCAUGGCCGAGCGCGGGGAACUCGACUUGACCGGCGCCAAACAGAACACAGGAGUGUGGCUAGUCAAGGUUCCUAAAUAUUUGUCACAGCAAUGGGCUAAAGCCUCUGGAAGAGGUGAAGUUGGGAAACUGCGGAUUGCCAAGACUCAAGGAAGGACUGAGGUGUCAUUUACUUUGAAUGAGGAUCUUGCAAAUAUUCAUGAUAUUGGUGGAAAACCGGCUUCAGUCAGUGCUCCUAGAGAACAUCCAUUUGUCUUGCAAAGUGUUGGAGGACAGACAUUAACAGUAUUUACUGAGAGCUCAUCAGAUAAGCUGUCAUUGGAAGGAAUAGUGGUGCAAAGAGCUGAAUGCCGACCAGCUGCCAGUGAAAACUACAUGCGAUUAAAAAGAUUGCAGAUAGAAGAGUCUUCCAAACCUGUGAGGCUAUCACAACAGCUGGACAAAGUUGUAACAACCAAUUACAAACCUGUUGCUAAUCAUCAAUACAAUAUUGAAUAUGAAAGGAAAAAGAAAGAAGAUGGAAAGCGAGCUCGAGCUGAUAAACAACAUGUUUUAGACAUGCUAUUUUCAGCCUUUGAGAAACAUCAAUACUAUAAUCUUAAGGACUUGGUGGACAUCACAAAACAACCUGUGGUGUACCUGAAGGAAAUCUUAAAAGAAAUUGGUGUUCAGAAUGUAAAAGGGAUCCACAAAAACACAUGGGAGCUGAAGCCAGAGUACAGACACUAUCAAGGAGAAGAAAAGAGUGACUAAGAAGACUCCUAGCCAGCAUGCUAGUGAAACGACUAGCGGCGAUGCUAUGCAAAAGGCGCUGAUACUGGAAGGCUUGAACACCGUAUGUUAAUAGGGGUUAAGUGACAGUACUUUCAUUUCUCUUGGUAAAUUUUUUAAACCUGUAAUUCUUGUAAAGUUUCUUAACUGUUUUUUUGAGGAGAAAGAACAGAUUUAUUUACAGACUUAACUUGUAUUAAACCAGAUUAUUCACAAUAGGAAUAGGGGUUGGAGGAUUAAGAGGGUUUUUCUUAAAUAUUAGCUUUUAAUGUGUACAAUUAGGAAAUGUUUUUUAAAUGAGGACUCUCUACCCUUGCUGUAUCUAAGGAGCUGAGGUAAUACAGAUCCAAGGAGAAUUGUUUAGCAGGAAAAAAACAGUCAACUACAGAAACUCUUAAAAGGAAUAAAAACCCAAAGUUCCUUAUUUUGAAAUUGUCAAAGAACAAAGCGGUGUUUUUCUUUUAAACAGGUGAUCAUGUUUCGUGUUCAUACUCAACAUUAAUAAAAGGAGAGAGUUUGUAGUGAAA